GUGUUCUAAGAACUUAAAGCAAAAUAACAGUUUGUUAUUGCGAGUGAAUUUUGGAGUAAUAUAAGUAUGGUGCCUUGACUUGAUUGAUAGCACUGGUGGAACACAAUCACUAGUAUUGCGUGAUGGUACAGAACUCGUAGUGUACAUCAGAAUCAAUACAAACAAAAGUAAGUAUAAACAAAUGAUGGGUAGAGCAAACAGGAAUCGUCGUAGGAAAAAUCUACCAACUAAGCAACCAAUACAAGAUUUAUUAGUUAUUGAACAAUUGGAGUCUUGGAUGGAAUCUGUCGGUUGGACAUCAUCUUGUUAUUUGAAACCUACCAUUUUUCCUGUUACGCAGCGAGGCUUAAAGGCAGUAAAUAAUAUAAUGCCUAAUACUUCUCUUGUAAAAAUUCCUAAAAAACUUCUCAUCACUCCAUUAGUUGCUCUAAAUAGUAAGAUAAAUUUUAUUUUUCUGAAAAAUCAUAGUUAUACCGUCCAUUCCAUUUUAGCAACUUUUAUAUUAUACGAAAAGCAUUUAGGAAAUACUUCAACAUGGAAGAAUUAUUUAGAUACCUUGCCAAAUUCAUACACAACUCCAAUUUUCUGUGCGAAAAUAGAAAAAAAAAUUAUGCCAUUUAUCGUACGCCAAAAGUUAAGCAUUUUAUCACAAAAAAUAAUAACUGAUUACGAAAUUAUCUUAAAAUCUAUACGUGAGUCGAAAACGGAUGGCUAUGAUUUAUGUCCUCAUUGUAAAUUAUCUUUAAUUGAAAUAUUUUCUUUUGAAGCUUACAAAUGGAGUUAUUAUACUGUUAAUACCAGAGCUAUAUACAUGAAAAAUAAUAACUUUAAUGACGAUUUUAAAAUUUCCGUAAAUGAAAAUUUAGCUCUUGCUCCUUUUUUAGAUAUGUUAAAUCAUUCAUUUGAUGCUUUAGUUGAGAUAAAACCAGUAGAUGAUAUAAGCAAUGAAUUUUAUCAAAUUUUUACUUUGACCACCAUUCACGAAAAUUCACAAGUAUUUAUCAAUUAUGGUAGUCAUUGUACUUUCAAAUUAUAUAUGGAGUACGGUUUUUUUAUUCCAAAUAAUCCAUUAGAUGAAAUAUUUAUAAAUUACUCAUCUGUUAAUAAUUUGAAAAAUAUUUCACCGUUAACGAAUAAUUAUAUUUUAUGGAACAAAUUUCAUGAAAGUAUAGGUUUUACAUCUUCAGGAUUAAAUUAUCGUGCAAAGGUAGCAUUUUUCAUCCUCAGCACACCCUUAAGAAUUAUUCAAAUGACUAAAAAAAUUUAUUGCAAUAGCUUAAAUCGUCUAGAUGCAUUAUCUUAUAACGUGCUUUCACUUAAACUCCUCAAUACAAAACGAUUAGAAUUAAUUAAUGAAUUGAAAAUAAUGAAAUCUCGAACGAACAAAACUAAUUCUUUUAAGAUUAAUAUUAAUGUUCAGCAAGAGUACGUUUCUAUAUUGGAUAAAUGUUUUUAUUCGAUUAUUCAUAAUUAAUUAUUACUAGCACUUAUGGUUUAGAUAUAAGGUUCUACUCUUUGAACUUGAAGUUCUGACUGGACUUACAAUUAUGUUCAAAUAUUAACUGUUAUAUUUAUUAGAUUAAUUCGUUUAUACAUUGGAAUUCCAAUUAUAUAGCCGUUCAACGACAAUAGUCUGUGCCAUAUGUCUAUAGUUUGUCGAUUGUCUCUCUGGCAGAAAUAACUCUUGUCGGAAAAAAAAUUCAAAACAACUGAUCAUUUUGUUAAACAGUAAAAUAUUAAUUCACCAUAAGAGAAGGAAUUCAAAAGUAUUGAAAAUAUGCAGAAGAAUUGAGGAAAAUUCAAAUUUCGUUACGUAAGAAACAUGUGUUUACCCUGGUUAAAAAUAUUGAUUGAAAAGGAUUAAAAAUGAUGAAAUUUGAAUACUUUUAAAUACUUUCAAUUCUUUUUCAUGUAUAUAUAGAUAUACAGUUUACAUGGGGUGACUGAUUCCCAAUACUUUUCAAUCAAUAUUUUUAAUCAGGGUAUGCAAGAUUCUUAAGCAAGAGCUUGUGCAAAAGCUAUAAUUACUAGUAUCUCCAUCUACGUACAGAUCUUCUGCAUGAUCGUGUCAUAAGGAACCGACUUGAAGAAUUGUUUAUGACUUGUCAAAUGAAUUGUGAAAAUGGGACAGAGUGACAGAUUUUGUCACAACAGAAUUAUGUGCUUUACCCUGCUUAAGAAAUCUAAUUUGAAAUGAUUUAAAAUGAUUUAAAUACAUCGGAUUUGAAUACUGUAUAGAUAUACAAUUAACAUGAAGGUAAUCAUUUGAAAUCAUCUUUCUGUAUCAGAGUACUGCGAUAAGACAGAGUCAAAUUCUUGUGGGAGACUUGCAGAAGAUCGGCAAUUUUUACCUGUCAUAAUUAUCUGCAGCAAGACCCCUAAAUGAAAAACCACUAUGUAAAAUAUUGUUAUAAGAGAUAUUUUAAUGAUUUUUAAUUCGUUUUAUUACUUAGGGAAUCUCGUUAGAUGGAAAAAUGAUUUGUAAAGAUAAAAAAUUGAAUUAGUGGUUUUGAAAAUUGAUGUAAUUGAGAACAAAAUUCAAUUAAUAAAUUAAAAAUAAGAGUUAUUAACUAGAAAUAUAUGUAAAGAUAAUAAAAUCCCGAAUUACUCGUGCAUAAUUUAAGACUAAUAUAUGUUAAGUAUUGAGAAAAGAAACGUAAAACUUAACUAUAAGUAAUCUUAUAGUUAAUCUUAUAGAUUACUAUAAGUAAUCUUUAUGCAUACACUUAUGUAAAACUUUAUUUACUCUAUACUUAAGGUAGUACUACCGGUUUUAGAAUUGACGUUCAGAAUUUGAUGAAACUUGGCAUAUAGAUACAUAAUAAUAUUUUAAUUAACCACUUAAAUUUUUGGAGGCCUACCGAGAACUGAAAAAAAGAUAUUAAUAUUUACAUAUUUUUGCCUUUACCAUUGAUCCUUAUGGAAAAUCACAGACUUUAUUUUAUUUCAUAAAACUGGACGUUCAGAUUCUUAUAAAAAUUAAGACUACGAGAGAAGAUAACAUCUAGAAUAUCUUUAAUAACAAUCAGUAUGGUUUCCGAGAAUAUGAGAAUAUUUGUUAAUAAAAACAUUCCAAGUUGAUUUUUGUCUCUCUUUCUCCAACGCGAUUUAGUAUAGGGAAAACUACUACGUUAAUCAAAUAAGGUUAGGUCUUGGGAUUUGACUCUUGUGGUAACGGUAGUACUACCUUAAAAGCCAGUCGAUCUAAAAUACUCGAAAAAUAAACAAUACAUUUUUCAUGAAGAGAUUAAAAAUCGUAAUCCAGAAUAAAAUUUAUCUAAUUAAAAUAUAUUAUUUUGUAAUACUUGAAAUACUAUUAUCUUGUAAUACUUGAACAAACUAUAAAAAUAAAUUACAAGUUAGAAAAGAGAA